GUAUUUUUGUACGGUAGUAGAACAACCUAAAAUACUAACAAAAGAAAUUAAACGAAUUAUUCCCACAAAAAGAAUAAAAUCAAAGAUUGAUUUGACAAAAUUGCCACCAAAGACGAAAAUUGAUGCCAAUACCAUAGCUUUACUCGAAAGAUUAUCCCUAGUCGAUUGCGAAAGCAAAAAAGCAAUCGAAACUGUUGAAGCACAAUUAGAGUUUGCAGAUCAAAUCCUUCAAGUUGAUACAUCAAAUGUGGAACCACUCAUUACUCCAUUAGAGGAUUUACCUUUACAAGUAAGAGAAGAUAUUGUAACCGAUGGGAACUGUCGAGAGGUUGUAUUAAAGGGAGCAGUUUUAGUUGAAGACGAGUAUUUUGUAGCACCUCCAGGAAAUAUACCUUUAGAAUCCAGAGAAAACUUACUACACGACACAAAAGAUGUUAAAAAGGACUCUUGACCUUGCAACAAAUGGUGGUUUUUUAAAAAAGACUGUUUUACCUAACUAUAACAUUGACCAGUUCAAAAUUGGACCGCUGGGUCUACUCUUAUGUCAAAAUAUAAACACGGAAUGGUUGUAUCACACUCUGAUAAAUAAAGAACUUACAGUAUGUCCAAAUGAGGGGGAUAUUGAUAAUACCUACAACUUUGUCAAAAUUCUUUGUUCAAGUAAAUUGCCGUUUGGUAUCACAGAUGUCAACAAGCAAAAGAAAUCUUUUACAACUGAUGAAAUUGUUGAGUAUUACAAAAAUGCAAGCAAAGGAGAAAAGGUAAGUUUUGAAAAUCUACUUCGACAUGAAGAGGAUGUGUUUCUGAAGUUUACUAUAUUUGUAUCACCAAGUGAUUCUACCCAAAUGUUCCACCAGUGGCAGAAGCAAAGAAGGAUAUGGUUUAGGAAAUUUUCAGCUGCCCCUGGAAGAUAUUUACUGAGUGAUAUUAAAAAUGUGGAAAACACAAUACAAACUGUAGACAUCACCGCAAAAUAUUCCUGGGGAACACAGCUCUUGGAAACUAUUACUCUUAACAGAGAAGAUAAAAAUUUUACCAAUCAGCAACUAGAGUUUAAAGAACGAAAAUUUGUAACAGCUCAUACAAUUACAAGCCAGAUAAAUCUACCUACAAUAUUUUUAAAUACCAUUUGUGAUGCUUAUCAAGAACCAGUCUUUCAGGAUAAGGUUAGACCAAUGUUCCAUUUCCAUAGGAAGCUAGCCCCAUUCAAACUCAGUUUUGCAAUGACAGGCAGUUCACAAGCUAUUACAAAAGAACUUGAAGAUUUAGCAUUAUAUCUGUGCAAGCAACUUAGAGAAAACCAUGUUUCAACUUUAUAUCUUCCAAGUUCCUCUAGAAAUACUUUAGAAGCCCAGUAUAAGCAAUAUGAUCAGUUGGGAAUCCCAUACACUGUUGUUCUAAAUGAAAGGACCCUAAAUGAUGGUGUAGCUAAUUUGAGAAGCCGUGAUACAACAUUAAAGGAGCAGGUCCAUAUCACAGAAUUAGUCACAUAUGUAGAGCAGUUGUUUAGAAAUUAUUAAUUAUUGUUAAAAUGUUUUUAUAUUUAAGAAAUAAAUUUGAAUCUUUUUAAAUUA